UCUGAUAUAUCCUAACGACUUCAUUGGAUGUUUUUCCAAUUCACUCUGCCUACCCGUUACUGUCCCAAACUAAAUCAACCAAUCAUCUUUCCCGAUUUCCGCCCUUAGAUGACGCGUCACUCUCCCGUUCUCUUCCUUUUCAGUAAGUACUGGACCCGGCCGCAUCGAAUCACUAAGCGUUGGUUAACGACUUAAAUGGUCGUACCCCGGGGUCGUUCCAUUUUGUCAGUUGGCCAAACACAUUUGAAAUGGUAAAACGUCUAAAACGACGACAAUUUAAGACAAAAAAGGACGACGGCUGCCACUGGAACGAUAGGGAAAACCGAAGCUUCUCCCUUCUUUGUUUGUAAUUUCUUAUUUAUUUGCACUUUAGUUAUUUGUCUUCUGAUUCACACUUGAUCUCAUCUCCCAACCGAUCCGCGUUUCGAAUAUUUGCGAUUAAAAAAAGUUUCAAAAAGACGAUGAAGACUUGUUGAUUUGCUUUUUCAAUCUCCAGCUUUGAUUGAUUCCUACGGGUUAUCUUCCUUAUCUUCCUCUGCAGUACGUUACUGUUUCUUUCUUCAUCAAUUGGGACACGAUGAUGGGCGAUAGUAUGUUGAACCAUAUAUUGAGUGCAUACUACAUCCCAAAUUAUAUACUUGUUCCUGAAUCAGAAGCAAAGAAACCACCGUGUGUACCUUCUUGUCCAGUCUUAGUCUUUAUCAACUCCAAAAGUGGUGGACAGCUUGGAGGGAAUCUUCUUUCUACAUAUCGUUCUGUUCUUAACACCAACCAGGUUUUUGAUUUGGGAGAGACGAAACCUGAUAAGGUGCUACACCAAAUUUAUGCCACUUUGGGAUCACUUAAGCAGCGUGGAGAUGGUUUUGCUUCAGCUAUUGAGAGCAGCUUGAGAAUAAUCGUUGCAGGUGGCGAUGGCACAGCUGGCUGGCUUCUUGGUGUAAUAUCCGAUCUUAAACUGCCUCAUCCACCUCCAGUUGCUACAGUGCCUCUGGGAACUGGAAACAACCUGCCUUUUUCUUUUGGUUGGGGAAAGAAAAAUCCCGGCACAGACAGACAAUCCGUAUUCUCAUUCUUGGAACAAGUGAAGAAUGCAACCGAAAUGAAAAUAGAUAGCUGGCAUAUUAUCAUGCGAAUGAGGGCUCCGAAGGAAGGUUCUUGUGAUCCCAUUGGGCCUCUUGAAUUACCCCAUUCUUUGCAUGCAUUUCAUCGCAUCUCUCAAACAGACAAACUGGGUAUGGAUGGUUAUCACUCAUUUCGUGGAGGAUUUUGGAAUUACUUCAGCAUGGGAAUGGAUGCUCAAGUAUCAUAUGCAUUUCACUCUGAGAGGAAAUUGCAUCCAGAAAAAUUCAGAAAUCAGUUAAUUAAUCAGGGUACUUACAUAAAGCUUGGAUGUACUCAAGGAUGGAUGUUUGGUUCUCUUUUUCGUCCAUCUCCAACGAACAUAGCUCAAAUAGCAAAGGUUAAGGUUAUGAGGAAACAAGGCCAAUGGGAAGACCUCAAAAUACCUAGAAGCAUAGGAUCUAUCGUCUGCCUCAACUUGCCUAGUUUCUCCGGUGGAUUCAAUCCUUGGGGAACACCGUAUAGGAAGAAAUUUCUUGAUAGAGGCUUGACUCCUCCUUUUGUAGAUGAUGGCUUAAUUGAGAUAGUCGGAUUUAGAAAUGUCUUGCAUGGUCUUGUUUUGCUUGCUCCAAAUGGACAUGGGACUCGUUUAGCACAGGCCAAUGCAGUCCGAUUUGAGUUUAAAAAGGGUGCAGCCAAUCACACAUUUAUGAGGAUAGACGGAGAACCAUGGAAACAACCUCUCCCGGCAGACGAUGAGACAGUUGUUGUGGAAAUAUCACACUUUGGUCAAGUAUGCAUGCUUGCUACCCCAUUAUGCCGCUCCCGAAGCAUGCACGAUCCCUCUUCGCCAACUGCUUGCUACAACGAGGAUAACAAUAGUAGCGACGAAGGAGACUCUCCUGAUGAUUUGGAAGAAAAACGGAAGUUCGGUGCAGCUGACAGUUUUAAAUUCCCAGAUGAAUUUGAUAUAUCUUACCUCAGUUAAGCUCCUUCCUAUAUCCAAUUCUGCCUUGCUUUUUUACCUUGUUUGAUAUUAGCCAUUCUAUUCUCGAGUUGCAUCUCAAUGCUGCAAUCAUAGAUCUCUUGCCCUUAGAAUAGAUCGUUUUAUCAGAUCAUCAAAGUGAGUGAUGUUUUGUUAAGGUAAUUAAAUUUCCAUAAAUUUCAAUUUUCAACUAUUAAAAAGCUUGAUAGCUUCUUUUUUUUUUGUUAAUAGUGGAGUGACUUUUAACCAAUUCUAAUGUAAAUGAAAAACCCUACUUAAGUUUGAAA